AUGGCCAUCUUGGAAUUCAAAAGCCUCUCUAUCUUCCUUAUGAUCACCAUCACUUACCUCGCCUCCGCGGAGUCAGCGAGGUUUGACAUAACAAACAAAUGCUCCUACACGGUAUGGGCAGCAGCCGUGCCCGGCGGAGGCAGACAGCUCAACUCCGGCGAGACAUGGGGGAUUGACGUGGCAGCCGGCACGGCCGGAGCACGCAUAUGGGCUCGAACCAACUGCAACUUCGACGGGUCAGGACAUGGACACUGCCAAACAGGUGACUGUGGUGGUGUUCUUCAGUGCACAGCAUAUGGUACACCACCAAACACACUUGCUGAAUUUGCUCUUAACCAAUACAACAACCUGGACUUCUUCGAUAUCUCACUCGUGGAUGGGUUUAAUGUUCCUAUGGAGUUCAGCCCAACAUCUAAUGGGUGCACACGCGCCAUUAGCUGCACCGCUGAUAUCAACGGACAGUGUCCAAGCGCUCUCAAAACCGAUGGCGGUUGCAACAACCCUUGCACCGUUUUCAAAACGGAUCAGUAUUGUUGCAACUCUGGUAGCUGUGGACCCACUGAUUAUUCCAAAUUUUUCAAGGAUAGGUGCCCAGAUGCUUAUAGUUACCCUAAGGAUGAUGCAACAAGCACGUUUACAUGCCCUGGUGGAACCAACUACAAAGUUGUGUUUUGCCCUUGA